AUGUAUGUCAAGCAGAUCAUCAUCCAAGGCUUUAAGAGCUACAAGGACCAAACGGUCAUUGAGCCAUUCUCCCCCAAACACAAUGUUAUCGUCGGCCGCAAUGGUUCUGGCAAAAGUAAUUUCUUUGCUGCCAUUCGAUUCGUCCUUAGCGAUGCCUACACCCACCUUGGCAGAGAGGAGCGUCAAGCUCUCUUGCAUGAAGGUUCCGGUUCUGCUGUGAUGUCCGCUUACGUCGAGAUCAUCUUUGACAACUCCGACGAUCGAUUCCCCACUGGCAAGCCAGAGCUUGUCCUCCGCCGUACUAUCGGUAUCAAGAAAGAUGAAUACACACUCGACCGCAAGAAUGCCACUAAAAACGAUGUCAUGAACCUCCUUGAGUCGGCCGGUUUCUCUCGAUCUAAUCCUUACUAUAUUGUCCCCCAAGGUCGAGUCACCGCAUUGACAAACAUGAAGGACUCCGAACGAUUGGUACUGUUGAAGGAAGUGGCUGGUACACAGGUUUACGAGGCUCGUCGGUCGGAGUCUUUGAAAAUCAUGCACGAAACCAACAGCAAACGGACCAAGAUUGACGAACUCCUUGACUAUAUCAACGAGCGACUUGCCGAACUCGAAGAAGAAAAGGAUGAGCUUCGAAGCUACCAAGAAAAAGACAAGGAACGCCGAUGCUUGGAAUACACUAUCUACUCGCUUGAGCAGCAGGAAAUCGGCAAGGUUCUCAAUGAAAUCGAGGAGCGACGACAGAAUGGCGUCGAAGAUGCAGACAACAACCGCGACCAAUUCAUCGAUGGCGAGAAGGCCAUGGCUCAGAUUGAUGCCGAGAUCGCCGAAUGCCGGCAGCAGAUUGAGUUUCUGAAGGUCGACAAGGCUCAACUGGAAGAGGAACGCCGUGAAACUUCCAAGACUCUGGCACAGAACGAACUGCAGGCCAAGUCUCUUUCUGACAACCAGGCUGCCGCCCAAGCCCUGAAAUCCCGUUACGACGCUGAUCUUACUUCUGUUCAAAAUGCCAUCAAGGAGCGCGAAGCUGAACACCAGGAAAUCCUCCCUCGCUUCAAUGCUUUGAAAGAUCAAGAAGACACAGUGAAGUCGCAGUUGACAGAUGCCGAAACAUCUCGCCAGCGUCUGUACGCGAAGCAGGGCCGUAACUCACGCUUCAAGAACAAGUCCGAGCGCGACAAGUGGCUGAACAUGGAAGUCAGGGAGAGUAACAACUCUAUCAAAGCAGUCCAGAAUGUGGUGUCUCAGACCAAGGAAGACAUUCAGGAACUGGAAACCGAAAUUGCUCGCCUGGAGCCGGAGACCGAACUGCUGCGCCAGCAGAUCGAUGGACGGGGUGACACGAUGCACACCGUUGAUCAACAAGUUCAAGAUGCUAAAGACGAGAGAGACCGCUUGAUGGACCAGAGAAAGGAGCUAUGGAGAGAAGAAGCGAAGCUUGACUCUGUGCUUUCAAACGCAUCGCAGGAGGUUGAUCGUGCUGAGCGUAAUCUCUCGUCAAUGAUGGAUAAUAACACCAGCCGUGGAACAGCAGCGGUGCGACGAAUUAAGCGCCAGUAUAACCUCGAAGGCGUCUACGGUACCCUUGCAGAACUUUUCGAUGUCAACGACAGAUACCGAACCGCCGUCGAAGUCACGGCAGGACAGAGCCUGUUCCACUACGUCGUUGACACCGAUGAAACCGCCACAAAAGUCCUUGAGAUUCUACAAAAGGAGAAGGCUGGCCGUGUGACAUUUAUGCCUCUGAAUCGACUUCGCUCAAGGCCCUUGAACAUGCCUCGCGCUAGUGACACAAUCCCCAUGAUUGAAAAACUAGAGUAUGACCCUGCGUAUGAGAGAGCCUUCCAGCACGUGUUUGGCAAAACAAUUAUAUGCCCCAACUUGCAAGUUGCGUCGCAGUACGCUCGAAGCCAUGGUGUCAACGCCAUUACCCCAGAGGGUGAUCGAUCAGACAAGCGCGGUGCUCUGACUGGUGGAUACCACGAUUCACGCCAGUCCCGCCUAGACGCAGUCAAGGCUCUAGGGAAGUGGCGAGAUGAGUAUGAAACAAAGAGGAACCGCGGCACUGAGAUUCGGAAGGAGCUGGAGAAGCUUGACCAGAUGAUCACCAAGGCCGUUGGUGAAUUGCAGAAGCUUGAGCAGGAGAGACACAAUGUGCAGAACCGGAGUGGACCACUGCGACAAGAGUUGCGGGGCAAGCGUGACCAACUUCAGAACAAGAAUGAUACCCUCGACGCCAAGCGCCGCGCCCUUCGGAAUGUCGAAUCCAACCUGGCGGCUUUGAACGAUCAGGUGAGCGCUUUCGAGGCGGAAUUGUCGUCGCCGUUCCAGAAAGCCCUCACCAGCGAGGAAGAAGCUCGACUUGAGGCUCUGAGCAGCACGGUUCAGGAUCUCCGCCGUCAAUACCAAGAACUGUCUAGCCAGCGCAGUGAGCUUGAGGCACGGAAGUCGGUGCUUGAAGUUGAGCUCCGGGAGAACCUCAACCCUCGCCUCGACCAACUACUCAACAGAGAUGUUGACAUUGCCGACGAGGAAGUUCAGGGUAAUUUGAAGGAGGUACAACGUGAAGUGAAGCGCCUUGGCCAGGCGUUGGAGAAGCUCAACACACGCCUCAAGCAGGUGGAUACCUCUAUUGAGGAAGGCAAUACUCGUAUUGUUGAACUGCAACAGCGCAAUGCCGAGACCCGCCGUGAGAUUGAAGAUCUCGCUCGAUCCAUCGAGAAGCAUCAGCGACGUAUGGAGAAGAGUAUGCAAAAGAAAGCAGCACUUACCAAGCAAGGCGCCGAGUGCGCAGCCAACAUUCGUGCCCUGGGUGUGCUUCCCGAUGAAGCCUUUACGAAAUACCAACACACCGACUCCAACACUGUCGUGAAAAAACUCCACAAGACCAACGAGGCCCUUAAGAAAUAUUCUCAUGUCAACAAGAAGGCCUUUGAGCAGUACAACAGUUUCACCAAGCAACGUGAGACUUUGACCUCGCGUCGUUCCGAGCUGGACGCGUCGCAAAAGUCUAUCGAUGAUCUUAUUUCCGUCCUUGAUCAGCGCAAGGACGAGGCCAUUGAGCGUACAUUCAAGCAGGUCUCUCGCGAGUUCCACAACGUGUUCGAGAAGCUGGUUCCGGCCGGCCGUGGUCGCCUCAUUAUCCAGCGCAAGACGGACCGCAACGCGCGACCCGAGGAUGAUGUUGACUCCGAUGAUGAGGAAGCUCGCCAAAGUGUCGAGAACUACGUCGGGGUUGGCAUCAGUGUCAGCUUUAAUAGCAAGCACGAUGAUCAGCAGCGGAUCCAGCAGCUGAGUGGUGGACAAAAGAGUCUUUGCGCCCUCGCCCUCGUGUUCGCCAUCCAAGCUUGUGAUCCCGCACCAUUCUACCUCUUCGACGAGAUCGACGCCAACCUGGACGCCCAGUACCGAACCGCUGUCGCCCAGAUGCUCAAGUCGAUCUCGGAUUCCACCAACGGACAGUUCAUCUGCACUACCUUCCGCCCUGAGAUGCUGCACGUCGCGGAGAAGUGCUACGGAGUCAGCUUCCGACAGAAGGCUAGUACGAUUGACGUGGUCUCCCGAGAGGAGGCACUGAAAUUCGUGGAGGAGCAGAAGUCGUGA